AUGAUCCUCCCCGCAAGCCUGCUCGCCCUCUCCCUCUCAGCCGUGGCCUCCGCCCACGACAACCACCAGACGCCCCUGACCGGCCCCCUCCAGAAGCUCUGGUACAACACUCUGCCCGGCGACGGCGGCACCCAGGCAGACUCCGUCUUCUCCGGCAUCUCGACCUUCGGCCGCCUGCCGUACUUCCCGUGCCUCGCGAGCGACGAAGAGAAGUUCGAUAUCGCGUUCAUCGGCGCGCCGUUUGACACGGGGACUUCGUAUCGACCCGGUGCGAGGUUCGGGCCCAGUGGGAUUCGGCAGGGGAGUCGGCGGUUGAAUCUUUACGGCGGCUACAACGUCCCCCUGCAAGCGAACCCCUUCAGCAACGAGCUGAAGGUGCUGGACUGUGGUGAUAUUCCUGUGACCUCGUACGACAACGCCUGGGCCAUCCGGCAGAUCGAAGAAGGCCACAACAGCCUCCUCAUGCGCAAGCCCUACACCUCCGCGAACGAAUACGGCCUCUCGCGCGCCGGCAAGACCCUCCCCCGUAUCAUCACCCUCGGCGGCGACCACACCAUCACCCUGCCCCUGCUGCGCAGCAUCAACAAGGCAUACGGCCCUGUAACGGUCAUCCACUUCGACUCGCACCUCGACACCUGGAAACCCAAAGUCUUCGGCGGAUCCCCCAGCGAAACCGCCUCCAUAAACCACGGCACGUACUUCUACCACGCAGCCAUGGAAGGCCUGCUAAAAAACGACACGAACAUCCACGCGGGAAUCCGCACGACGCUGUCCGGGCCCUCGGACUACGAAAACGACGGGUACGUGGGGUUCGAGAUCGUGGAGGCGCGCGAAAUCGACACGAUCGGGACCGCCGGCAUCAUCCGCAAGAUCCGCGAGCGCGUCGGCAGCGACCCCACCGCGCCGAUCUACCUGUCCAUCGACAUCGACACCAUCGACCCGGCGUUUGCGCCGGCCACGGGCACGCCGGAGACGGGCGGGUGGAGUACGCGUGAGCUCCGCACGCUGGUUCGGGGGCUCGACGGCCUGAAUCUCGUUGGGGCGGAUAUUGUGGAGGUUGCGCCGGCGUAUGAUACGAAUGCGGAGCUGACGACUAUGGCGGCGGCGGAUGUGCUGUAUGAGGUUUUGACGAUUAUGGUUAAGAGGGGGGCGUUGACGGUUGAGGGGCGGGGGGACUUGUAG